GGUUGACUCUGCUGUGCGAGGCCCUCGGUGCGGCUUGGCUGGCGCGGGGUGUCGGCAGACUGUCUAAACUCCUUUAUGCCGUUUGGAUCUGUAAAGGAAAACAUAUUUUCGUGUAAAAGAGACUCUGCUAGAAACACUACUCGGACUACAGUCUGAGUACUCAAGGCUCAAGAUGCUGAGCCGUUUGUCAGGUUUAGCAAAUACUGUUUUACAAGAGCUCUCAGGUGAUGGUACAGAUGCAGUUAUUGAAUCCUCUACCACAGUACAAGCUUUAGAACCUGGAACAGAAAGCAUGGAGGAGACACCUGAGGAUGUGCUAGAGCGUCUAGCUCAAACAGAAAAACUAGUUGUACAGCUGAAGGAUUUGGUACGAGAAAAGGAUUCCCUGCUCCAGCAAAAAGAAACUGUACUCAAGGAAGAACGGGAGGCUGCAGAUGCUAAACUGAUAAAGCUGAAACUUCAGGCCAAAGCCAAACUGGCAUCUCUGAACAAACGCAUUGAAGAGUUGACAGAGAAAGGAUCGCCAUUGUUUGCACAGACCUUGUCAGAAGAGCAGAUAUGUCCCAAGUGUCAGAACAACCAAAAUACAGAUGAAGGACUUAAAAAGGAAGCUGAAACACUGAAACAACGAAUCAGGGAGCAAGACGAGACUGUUAAGGAUCUGAAGGAACAGCUGGCUCUAGCCAAAGUGAAUCUGAAAGAUGUUGAAAUCAAGUAUACGACAGAGCUGAGCUCCCUGCAGAUGAUUAUUCAGGAGAAAGAAACUCUCCUAGAGGAGCAGGCUUACCACCAAGCUGAAUUGUUCAAGAAAGUGGCCCAGUCAGAUCUGGAAGUGGAAAUGCAUCAGAAUCUGUGUACGCUUCAGAGGAAGCUAGAGGAACAGGAAGCAACGUUGCUACAAAGGACUCAGGUGGUAGAGUUGCUGCAACAGGAAUUACAUAAUGCUGAACAACAAAAGCAGGUGCUCCUAAAACAGUGCCAGAAUAUGGAAGAGGAUCUAAACUCCCUGAAGGGCAUGCUAGAUGCAGAGAGACAAGAAUCUGAGAACCUUAAGGAAAAGAUGGAGCUGGAAUUAGCUGAGAGGAAGCUGUCCUCCUGUCACUUGCAAGAGGAAGUGCAGAGUCUCAAGAGAGAGCUGGAACAGGCAAGAAGAGUGCAAGCUGAAUUACAGAUGAAAUAUAGAGACCUAGAGCAGAAACAGAGGCUGGAAGUGGAGGAGAAAAACCAGCAGAUCAAUUGUCUUCGGGUGGCUGAACAUGAGCUGCAGUGUAGCCAUGCUGCCCUUGUAGCUGAAAAUGAUCAGCUGAAACAAGAUGUUGACCGGUUGUUGGUGCUGUCUGCUGAAAACUGUACUACAAUACAGAAACUGCAAGAUGAGCUGAUAAAAAAAUCUGAGGAAUUUUUCUGCUGUCAAAAUGAGCUAAAAUCCCAGCCAGUAGUGCAGGUCUCUGAACUGAAGAAACAGGAUAAAACCACCUCACAGGGAAAAAUGAUAGAGCAGAAAGAUGAGGUUGGGACUUUGCUUCUACCCACAGAAGUCCCGGAAGGACAGAAAUCUGAAGAGAUGCUACACUUGCAAUUUGUUCUCCUGGAACCUCAAGAGGAAGCUGUGAUUGUUGCAGAAAACACAAAACAGACUGAGAAUGUUGGCUCUGAGGUGAAAUUGCAAGACUUCCAGACCCUGGAAGAUUCAGCCUCUUCUGCAGACUGCUUUUCUAGAUCUAGAGGUGUGUCAGGAGAGCCAGUGAAUUCUGAAGAACCAAAGCCUUUUGAUGACACUUUGCUCCCUGAGUCAAUAGAUGGAUACAGAAGUGAGCAGUUUGCUGAGGAAAAUGGUCCACCUGGAAUUCUGGGACAUCUUGCUACACAGAAGCAUAAAGAGCUGUCAGUUUUGCUGCUGGAACUGAAUGAAGCCCAGGAAGAAAUAGCAUUUCUGAAAGGGCAGCUCAAGGGCCCAGAAAGCCAAAGUCCUGCAGUUCUCCAAAGAAGAGAAGAAACUAACCAGCUGGAAGAUGGAUCCCAGUUAUUGUUCAUUGAGAGGGAAGAGCAAAAGACUUCAGAUAUACCAAGUGAGUUGGGCAAUAGCUCAUUAUUGACAGAAAUAGAAAUGCUGCAAAUUGGUGUACUUAAGGAAAACGGGACCAAUCUUCAAGAAGCUCUGAAGGGGAGCACUGUCCCCUGCGGAGGGGAGAUGGAAGUGGUGCAAGAAGUCUCUACAGCAAAUCCAGAGCCUGGCAGCUCUCAAUCUCAAGAGCUGAUAAGGUCGCAAAACCAAAUUAUGGAUCUGCAAAUAGUUCUUAAGAAAUUGGAAGAGUCCUAUAAGAAAAAUCUGGGAGAAAAAAAUGCGGAAAUAAAGAUGCUAAAUGACUUGGCAGAAGAAUACAGAAAAAAGGUGGAGGAUUCUGACAGUGCAUUUCGUGUUUUAGCUGAAGAAAGAAAUCAGCUCCUGUGUCAGAUGAAGGAACUUUCUACCAUAACAGAACUGAAGGAUCAAGUGAAGCAUCUGGAGGAAAAUUUAGCUCUUUCAGAAAAGCAGAGGCUAUCAGACAGUGAGAGCAGUCUUCUGAGAGAAGAAAUCCAGAGCCUUAAAAAUGAAUUUAAAUCCAAAGAGAUAAAAAUAGAAGCUUUGCAAAAAGACUUGGAUGAAGCGCAGCUUCAGCUUUCUGAGCAGGACACUCAACUAAAAGGGCUGAGAAGCCAGAUCCAAAAGAAGGAAUGUGAAGUACUUGAUCUGGAACAAAUUCUGAUGAAGAACACAGCUGAGAUAGAAGAGCUUUCCCAAAACUUAGCCUCAAAGGGACUUGAAGCAGCAAGCCUGGAACAGCUUGUUGCUGAACACAAGAGGUGUAUUGAGAACCUGCAACAAACUUUGCUGGAGAAAGACCAACAGAUGACAGAGAUCAGUGUCAGCAUGUCUGAGAAAAUGGUCCUGCUGAAUGAAGAGAAGUUUUCCCUAGGAAAUGAGCUAAAGAGUAUUAAAGAACAAAUGAGUGUGUUAAAAGCUGAGGAAGAAAAAGACCAAAACAUAGCAGAAGCAAAAGAUGCAUAUCUGAAAUGUGGGGAAUCUGAGCAACAGCAUGAGACACGAGAAGCAUGUAAGGGGGGAGAGGUGUUAGGAAGUGAACUUGAACUUCUAAAAGAAGAAAAUGAGCAGAUCAAGUGGAAGCUGCAAGCAGCACUUAUCAACAGGAAGGAGCUUCUGAAGAAGGUUAGCAAAUUGGAGAAUGAAUUGGUACAAUUGAGAAGGGAGCCUGAAUCAGAGACCUCAGUGACCAAAGAACCUGAAGGGGAAGAAAAUAUAGCAAGCAGGUUAAGUGGAGAGGAGAAUCCUGAAAGCCAGUCAGCCAGCCGGGAGUAUCUGAUUCAACUGCUUUCUGAAAAGGAAUCACAGUUGCAGAGCAUCCAGAGGGACUUGCUGGAUAAAGAAACAAGUGAAGCACAGUUACAGGCAGUGAUUGAGGAAAUGAGGCAAAGCUUGCAAGAUAAGACAAACAUUACUGAUUCAAUGAAAGUUGAAAUCACAGAACAUCAGAUAGUUGCUGAUAAACUUACUAAAACAAAUAAGAGCCUAAAGGAUUAUGAAGAAAAUGAAAAAGCUAGUUUAGCAGCUGCAAAUCAUGAAGAAAAACAGAAAACUACAUUGAAAGAGAGAAUUUCAACUCUUGAACAAGAAAAAGAACAACUUCAAAAAAAACUUCAAGAAGCCCUGGUAUCUCGCAAAGACACUAUAAAAAAGGCUCAAGAAAAAGAUAGGCAUCACAGAGAACAGCUUAAACAGCAGAAAGAUGAUUACAACAUCCUACAAGAGCAGUUUGAUAAGCAAAGCAAAGAGAAGGAGAGCAUCCAAGCUCAGCUCAGACAACUCCAAGAACAGAGAGGGUCAGCAGAAAGUAUCCCUUUUGGGAGUCAAGGUUGGUUGGAUUCCUCAUGCUUGGAAGCAGAAAAUACUACAAACAGCGAGCUUGUACAAGAUGCAGAUGUUUCUGGAGAAGAGUUUAAGACAAAAUUUGAGAAAUUGCAUACGAAAGAAUUGCAAUAUAAGGUCAGCCAUAUGGAAGGUGAACUUGCUUGCAAAUCAGAGUUAGUCUUUCAUUCACAAGAGCACAUGGCACAGUUGCUUCUGGAGAUAGAAAGGCUGAAGAGAACCUGUGACCAAGCUGAAGCUAAGGCAGCAAGCCUUCAGAUAGAAUUAGAAGAAAGUAAAGCAGAAAUUUCUAGAAAAGGCAGUCUGGAAGACCUUAUGCAUCAAAAAGAUGAAGAAAUUGCAUUCCUUAAGUUGCAGCUAAGUGAGAAAAGUGAAGCACUCAUUACUAUACAGGCACAGUUGCUGGAAAAAGAAGAUUCUGUCAAGACACUGUGUAGUCAGUUGGAAGCUCAAGCUCGGUUACACGAGGAACAAAGCAAGCGACUGCAAACUGAACUGCUUGAUAUUCAGCAGAAGCAAGAUGAUGGGGCAGAAGAAACUAAAAAAAAGUAUCAAAUGCAGAGAAAAUUGCAGGCUGCACUUAUUUCUAGAAAAGAAGCACUGAAGGAGAGCAAAUCUCUAAAAGAGGAGCUGGCUAAUGCUAAAAAAACUAUUGAAAGUCUUUCUGUCAAGUUGACAAACAUGGAAAGCCAAAUAUGUGGCCGUGUUAAAGAAAUAGAUAAUUUAACAGAAAAGUUAGCAGGUCUCACAGAAGAGCGAGAAAACCUUAUUUCAGAACUUGAUAAGGCACUUGCAGAAAAUCGGAAUCUUGAUGGAUGUUGUAAAAACCUGAAGCUGACUCUAGAAGGAGUUGUUCAAGAGAAGGAGCAACUGGAGAAGGAGAUAGAAUCACUGAAAUGUUCUCAGGCCGCUGAGAGUUGUGAGCGGCAUGAGAAAUAUACGGAACUUCAGAAAGAGUAUGAAACUCUCCUGCAGUCCUAUGAGAAUGUAAGUAAUGAGGCUGAGCGGAUUCAGUGUAUUUUGGAAACUGUUAGGCAGGAAAAGCAGGAAAUUUUCAUUAAACUGAAAAGUGUUGAAGCAAAACAAGAAGAAACAGAUAAGCAGCUGAAAGAGGCUGGACAGGAGAUGGAUGGAAUGAAGGAGAAAAUGAGGAAAUUUGCAAAAUCAAAGCAACAAAAGAUCCUAGAACUGGAGGAAGAGAAUGAGAAGCUCAGAGCAGAGAUAUGUUUUACAGGUGGAGACCUACAUAGGACUGAAGAUGUAGCUCUCAUGACAAAUACGAGCCUGAAAGAAGAUUUGGAGAGUUCUAGAAGAGAUUACCAGUCUCUUUCUACUCAGCUUGAGACAGUAAUAGCAGAAAAGGAAUCUCUUACUCAGGAGAUCAGAGACUUAAAGGAUCACUUGCAGUUCACUGAAUCUAAGCUAAAGGAAAGCAGAGAAAUGGUAAACAAGUACAUUGCCCAAAAGACAGCAGAGGAAGAAAAAAAUCAGGCAAUUGCCACAUCACCGUCAGUGGAAGCAACUGAAAAUCAAGUGGACUUAAGUGUUAGUCUGCAGUCCCAUACUGCACAGCUGAAACAAGAAGCAUUUGAAGGUAACAGCCAAUAUGAAGAUCUUGAUACCUACAUACAGCAGAUAGCUCAGCUCACAGAGCGAAUCACAGAACUUGAAGAGAACAGGAGGGCUUCAGAGCAACAGCUCAGCAACAUUCAUGUGAGUGUUGAGACUUUAACAGAUGAGAAAAGGGAUUUAGAGACCCAAAUGGAAGUGAAAGUCCAUGAGUUGAAUGCUCUUCAGGACACAGUAGCAAAGAUGGAAGAAACACUACAAAAAAAUAAAGAGGAGCUCAUUAGAAUGACAGAACAGAAGAAUACCUUAGAAGCGGAGAAGGAUGACUUGGAAGAAAGGCUGAUGAAUCAGCUAGCAGAACUCAAUGGAAGCAUUGGAAACUAUCAACAGGAUGCAACAGACUUCCAGAUCAAAAAUGAACAAUUGAAACAUGAACUCCAGAGUCUGCAGAGAAUGAUGCAUGAACUGGAGGAAGAGAAAUGCCAGAUGGCACUGGAGAAAAGUAAAGCAAGUUCAGAAAAGCAAAAGGAGUUUAUAGAAAAGCUGAAAUGCACUUGGAAGGGAGACAACAGCACACAUGAAAAGGAGCUUCAGGAACUGCUGAAACAGAAACAGCAGGAGAUCAAGCAGCUGCAAAAGGACUGUAUUAAAAGCCAGGAAAAGAUCAGUAGUCUAGAAAGAACUAUUAAAGCUCUGGAAUUUGUCCAAAGUGAGUCUCAGAAAGAGCUAGAAGCAGACAAAGAGAAUUUAUCUAAAGCAGCUGAAGACAUCAAGAAAGCCCAAGCAGAGCUUGCUUUCUGCAAAGUAGUACUGGAUGACACUCAGAGCGAGGCAGCAAGAGUUCUAGCAGAGAAUGUCAAAAUGAAAGAGGAGUUGCAGGCAAACAAAGAGAAUAUUAAAAUUCAAAUGAAGAAAAGGGAUGAGGACUUUGAGAGAAGACUGGAACAGGAAAAAGACAAGCAUUCAAAGGAAAUUAAAAACAUGGAAGAAAAGCUGUCAACUUUGCAGAGGGAGAAAGACUAUCUGGAAAAAACUGUUCAUGAUGUUCAAGACUCCUUGCAGACAAAGGAUCAAGAAGCCAAACAAUUGGAAGGCAGCCUAACUAAAACACUAGCCCAACUUGCAGCCUUCACCAGGAGCAUGUCUUCUCUUCAGGAUGACAGGGAUAGAGUGAUAGAUGAAUCCAAAACAUGGGAGAAGAAAUUCACUGAAACUAUUCAAAAGAAAGAAAAAGAAAUACGUUUGAAAGAGGACACUUGUGUUGUUUUAAAGGACCAGAUGAAGCAGAUGACCAUACAUGUGGAAGAACUUCAGAUUCAGAUAUCCAGGCUGGAACGCAACAAGCAAGACUGUGAGUCUGAAUCCAAGAGGGAGAUUGAGCGUUAUCAGAAGACAUGUGAAAUAUUGCAGGAGGAAAAAAAGGAGCUCUUGACUCAGCUAGAUGGAUCUCAGAAACUGUGCAAAGAGUCACAGAAUGAACAGCAGAAACUGGAGUCAGAAAUCAGGACCUUGAGAGAGCAGCUUGCUGACUUAAAAAAUUCCUUCAGCCAAUGUAAAUUAGUCAAAGAAGAGCUGGAGAGUGUGGUCAAGCAACAAGAGACUAAUAUUCAGAAUCUUAAAUUCAGCUAUGAACAGCUUAAGGCUGAUCUGCAGGCUUCCAAGGGCCUAACAAACAGGCUGCAUGAAGAAAUUAGUGCCAAGGAUCAAAAGAUCAUUAAUUUGCUGUCUGCCAAGGAAGAGGCAAUUAUGGCUGCCCUAUCUGAAUUACAGCAGCAACAUUCUGAAGAGGUGAAAGAAUUAGAGCAGAGGCUAAGUAAGGAAGAAGAAGAUAAAAAAUUCUUGGAAAAUGAGAAGAAAAAAUUCUUGGACAAACUUUAUCAUCUCACCGAAAAGGUGAAAAUAAGUAGAGAGGAAUGUAAGCAGCAAAAGGCUCAACUGGACUCCUUCACCAAGUCCAUGUCGUCUUUGCAAGAUGACAGAGACCGUGUACUGAGAGACUACAAGCAACUUGAGGAACGUCAUCUUAUUAUAAUCCUGGAGAAAGAUCAGCUAAUUCAAGAGGCUGCUUCUGAAAACAAUAAACUCAAGGAAGAAAUUAGAAGUUUUCAUAGUCGGAUGGAUGACCUCCACUCAGAGAAUGCCAAGCUGGAUGCAGAGUUGGUGCGAUAUAGAGAAGAUCUGAACCAAGUGAUUUCAAUAAAGGAUUCUCAGCAGAAACAGCUUCUUAAAACACAGCUUCAGCGGAUCCAAACUCUGGAAAAAGAGAAGGCAGUUGUGGAAGCACAGCUGAAAGAGUCUGAGCACACUCAGGACAAUCUCAGGAAGUGCAUGGAAGUCUUGAAAGAAGAUAAAGCCAGUAUGUCUCAAAAGGUUGAGACUCUUACAUCCUCUCUAUGUCAGGUACAGAGUGAGAUAACAGCAUUAUAUGAGGGGGGUCCUAUCAUGGAAUGUCAAGCACAGCUGAAGGAUCGAGAGGAAGAGGCGCAAGCACUGAGUCAUAAGCUUGCCCUUUCACAGAAAAGGAUAACAGAACUUGAGGAGGAACUAACAUGUGUUCAAAGGGAUUCAGCCAGAAGGGUGGAAGAGGCUGAGGACAGGCUUAGAAAGGAACUGAAACACUUACAUCAUGAUGCAGGGAUAAUGAGAAAUGAAACAGAAACAGCAGAAGAGAGGGUAGCAGAGCUGGCACGAGACCUAAUGGAAAUGGAACAGAAAUUUCUUGCAGUCACAGAAGAAAAUAAAGAUCUCAGAGCCCAAAUUCAGUCUUUUGGGAAGUCCAUGAGCUCUCUUCAGGAUAGUUGGGACCAGGCCAAUGAAGAGCUUCAAGUUUUGAAACAGAAAUGCUCUGCAGACUUAGAGGAACAUCAGAGUCUAGUGCAGAAUCUCCAGAAACAGGUGGUUCAGCUACAGGAGGAACAAAAUUCCAUUGCCAGAGACCGAGAUGCAGCAAGGUCUGAGCUGACAGAACUGCAGAAAGCUGCUGAUGAAAGAGGUCUCUUGACCCAGAUUGAGAAACUUAAUCAGAAACUCAGAGCUAGAGAUGAUGAGCUUUUCCAUUUGUCUUCAGAACUGGAAAGCUCUUCCAAACAAGUCAGAUCUUUCUCUAAGGCUAUGGUGAGCCUGCAGGAUGAGAGAGACCGUCUGCUGAAUGAACUGGACAAAACACGUAAAACUGAAGAAGUGAAGCAGCAAGCAGCAGGGAUCACUUUCACCGCUCCUUCAGAAGUACAGAGUCUUAAGAAGGCCCUGUCCUCCUUGCAGAAUGACAGAGACAGAUUAGAGAGAGAGCUCAAGAAUCUACAGCAGCAAUACAUACAAGUUGGUGUGGAAACAGCUGAAAAUUCUCAUUUAAAAGCUCAACUGCAGGAAUAUCAGCAAGAGGUAGAUAAACAGCACCAUCUCCAAGAACAGCUAAAGCAAGAAAGUAUUUUCUACCAGCAGGAGCUCCAACAGCUUAGACAAGAGAAGACAACCUGGGAAAAGCAGAAAAGCAGCAUAAAGGAGCAGUACCUGAUGGUCAUAGCAGACAAAGACCAGCAGCUGAGCCAUUUACAAAUGAUCAUGCAAGAAAUGAGGCUGCCCCUCAGCAAAUCUCAAAUUGUAGAGGAGCAGUACCAGAAGAAGAUUUCUUCAGAAGUUCUGAGAGGUGACUUUUCAAGCUUAGAUGCAGAAACAAAACUUCUUCAGACCCAGCUAAGUGAUACCCUGAAAGAACUGCACCAAAAAGAGCUGAGGAUUCAGCAGUUAAACAGCAAGCUGUCUCAGGUCUUUGAGGAGAAAAAUACCCUCUCCCUACAGCUGCGAGGGAGUAGCCGGAACAUCAGUGAGAGCCAUCAGCAGUACAAAGAGAUUCUGAACCGCUGCUUGGUGCUUGAGAGGCAGCUUCAGGAGCUACAGCCUCCAGACAAGGGCACGGAAUUGUUUGCAACAGAUGCUGCCCCAGGAGCACCCCAAGAAAAGAAUGAGCCUCAGAGAGAGGAUUACACACCAGAACUACAGGAGCUGCAGCUGAGGUUGUCUGAAACAGAACAUUUGCAUAGCAGCACAAAGCAGGAUCUGAGGUAUUUAGAAGAGCAGCUGGAGGAAGAACAGAAUCGGCGUCUUGCUGUGGAAGAGGCGCUCUCAGCAGCACAGGAUCAGAUCAGGAGACUAGAGUCAAGUGAGUGGACAUCUUCCUUAAGUGCUAGCAUUAAUAUGACUCCAGAUCAUGAGCGUUCCUUGCUGAUUGACUCCAUGGAUAAUACUUCAAACAAAACUCGGCAUAUCCCUGGACUGCGGCGCCUGAUACGAUCUUUCUUCUGUUCCCGAACCCACUUGCCUCUGCUAGUGGCCAUGUAUCUGCUUGCUCUUCAUGUCUUGCUCUUUUUAUGCUUUACAGGCCACUUGUGAUCAGGAACAGCAGCCUUCCUUUGAGCCGCAGUCCUUUGUGUAAUCCCUGGGCCUGCAAUGUCUAACUGCAGGGUAGCUGUAAGCACCACUUUGCCCAACUGCCUUCUUGUACCGAGUCAGAUUGGCCCUUAAGAGGCAGCUGAACCCAGCAACUUAUAUCCAGGUUGCUUGCUCUCAUUUAAAUAUGCAGCAGCCAGUGCUGAUGCUUGGACUCUGUUUCCAGGAUAUCUGCCAUAUCAUUUGGUGUUUAAAUCAUUGAGUGGUGCAUUUUACGAGCCACAGUCCUCAUGCUACAAGCUCCAAGGAAGCAUCUGUUGCUGCAGCUUCUACCUGGAGCUGGCACCACUCAUUCUAGAGUGUUAUACUGUGGUAGGAAUAAGUAAAAUAUUUUUGAGUUGCUGCAAAAACCUUUAGGAACUUCAGGAUCCUUCUUCUCUUAGACUCAGUCAGUGAGUUGGGUUGGGAAAACCCUGUAGUUAUAAGAAAGGGAAUUUUUUUUUUCUCCCCUCUGGCCCUUAGAUCUGCUCUGUGCCUCAGUAGUGUUUAAAAUGCAUGUCUUAAGGACGUUGUGGAGUCUUUAAGGAAUAUGAAUCAAACUUCAGAAUCAUGUUUCCUGCUCAGAUGUGCCUCCUAUCAAAGAAGGGCCAAAAUCACUGUGUCUGGACCUGCUGAGCAUUUCAUCUAAAAACACGUCUACUCUGAUAAGCCUGUAAAAUAAUGUCAGUAAUUUAAUUAUUGAAAAGGAAUAGGGAACAAGAAACUUUUUAUCUUCAGGUUAAUUAACUUGCUGUUUAUAACAUUUUUGUACCUCUCCCUGAAGAGAGAAGGUGCUUGCACACCUCUUGAAAUGAGAGGAGCUGUGCUCCUGCUGCAUACUGGUCCACGGAUUACUUGUCACAAGGUUAAACAUGUAUAGGUUAUGCUGAAGGGUUACAUUAUGUGGCAUGUGGGCCCAAGUCAAAGGCAGACAUCUUAAAAAUAAACUGUUCCCUCUAAGCUCGGAACAGGAACAGAGUUCUGAGGCCUGUUUUGGCAUCUCUGCUUUAGGAAAAGCCUGUUGUGGAAAGCUAGUGCUGCAUAUUGGAAUUCUGUGAGUCUAAAGCAAACUGAUGCAAAUAGAUCUGUUCCUAUAUGAUAAAUGGAAAGCUAUGUUUUCUGAAGAAUUCCUGAAAAUGUCCUGGAAGUGAGGCCUUCCUCCAACAGGAAGAGGCUGAAUGCAAAGAAGCUUGUUCAGGCAAGUUCCCAGUCAGUGAUCAAGUUGUUCUGCCUUCUGUUCUGAGCGCCUGCAAAAAGGCUUGUAUCUGCCUCUGGCUGGAGUAGCCACACAUUUUUCACAGGUGAAAGAGAUGGUUCUUUUGAUAUUGCUGGUAAACAAAAAUUCUUUAGUCACUGAACAAAGCCUAUUUGAGGAUGAAUUGAUUUUCAUCACUGUGCCUAAAAUAAUUGGCUCUCUGGCAGGUCCAGAACACUGGCACUACAUAUCCAUUUGUGCACUGCCCUUGAGUCUGUCUUGUAUUCCUCAACUACAUAAAAUUGCGUGACCAAAUACUUUGCAUAUAGGUUCUCGGGGUACAUGCUCCUGUAUAUAAUAAAGAUUAUUUUUCAGAUGCAA